GAAAUACCGCAGAUUUAUGUUGGAUUAGCUAAUGAAUGCAUGAGUGCAAAUGCAUCUGAACGCCCUUCAGCAAGUGAACUUCAGGAAUAUUUAGACAGUUGGACAAAAAAAAGUUGUUAUAUAAAAACUUUUAAAGAAGCUGAUACAAUUAAACAUGAAUCUGGACCUUUAAACAAUUGCAUGAUCUCAUACCAACUUGUAAAACGUUUAAUUGAUUUAAAGCCUACAAAUUUGAAGAAAAAUACUUCAGAUUCAGAUUUUAACGAAAAAACUACUAUGUAA